CACCCCCUGUGGACCUCACUCUUAUAAACCUAGAGCACACCAGUGUCCCUUUAGGCUAUUUUUGCUUUAACUCUAACAUUUAAGGCUGGCACUGCUCAGGUUUCCCUUCAAAUGCCUUUGGUCUUCCUCUAUCAGAGAUCUGGAGUCACAACCGGAUCAAGAACCAUGUCCCUUUUGCCAUUUAUAUUUUGAUGAUUAAUUGGGCACAAACGUGGCACUCGGAUUUCAUAAUGGCCUAUGGGCCAGCUCUUACUUUUCUUUCGACUUUUGUCAGCCAGAAGCCUGUGACUUCUUAAGGACUGUAAAGUCUUACCGGUUCUUACCAGGUGGUGAGGAGCGAUGACUGUGCAGACCUGCAGAACUGGAACUGCCGCCAGGGGACGCUCGCUCGCGGAGAGUGUGAUCCUGGUGCUGCCAGAGAAGCGGGCGUCUCCGCAGCAAAGCAGAUUCCCUCACCGCCUCCCUCUAUUAUGCUUCCUCCAAGUGGGUGCUUUUGCGGAGGUUCCUGGGAUCUUUGCUUAAGGGGAAAGGCCUUCCCAGCCAGGCCUGAGCCAUGAAAACCCAUAUCUCCCAUUUCCCUAGCAUGCUGCAAGGCUUUGCCUCCCCGGGGGCACGAGGCUGCGCCUGCGGUGGCUGGGGAUUGGGUGAUCCAACGCCUCUCCAGUUCCACCUCCAGAUGCUUAAAGAGUCAGACUUGUGCAUUUAGGACGGCAGAGCAUCCAGCGCCUCUCAGACUCACGUGGAUCAGGGUCUAGGGAUCCGAUUCUUAAAGUUUGGCCCCCCGCCUGGCAGCACCGCUCUCAGCAUCACCCGGCACCUGAUGUGAAAUGCACAUUCUCAGGCCCCGCCCCAGACCUCCUCAAUCCAAGACGGCGGGAGAGUGGCUCUCUGUGCUUUGCUACUCGUGCAGGUGACUGUGAGGCGCUGGAAGGUGACAGCCCCGGCUCCUGGGCUUCCCACUUGCUCAGUGUCUCCGGCUGCUGUACCUUUGGACGCCCACUCCUUGCCCCUGCCGCUAGACAGCUGGGGAAGCGGAGGCUGCAGGAGACCAGACGCCUCUGGAAACUUGCGGGACGCAGGAGAGGUGACGGUGGAAGCCGGGACGGAUAGGGACUGUCCUGGGCUGCGCCUGGCCUCGGGUGCAGCGGGGGCAAAGGCUGGAUUUGGGGUCUGGGCUGCGCGAGGAGCGCUCAGUCUCCGCAGCUGAGGCGGCAUCCAAGUACGCGGAACAGAACUACUCUGGGAAGAGCACGUGCCACGCUUCAGCGAUUGCUAGGCCGGUGUUUACAAGUAUGUGGAUGAAAAAGUGACAGUGCCGAAGUUAACCAGGGCAUUUCAAGCCUGAUUUUUGUGGGCCUUCAGAAGAGGAGCAUGUAUCAUGCAGUUUUAGCCAUAUCAUGUUCCCCAGCCAGUAUACUAGAACACUGCAUAUAAUCCCAUGUGUACAGAAAGCUUUCCCACUGGACGCAGAUGUGACCCAAGAAGGCCCACACAGGUGUACGUAAUGGGAGUGUGUGAGUGAGACAUCUGUGGGCAGAAGACACAGGCUGUUCAUCAUGAAGGAUAUGGGCCAACUAUUUUAGGCGAUGCCAUACCUUUCCAUGACUCUUUGAGAAAAUUAUAAUGUCCCUUUGUGCCUCUUCUCACAAGGAGUUCUCCUAGCUGUGACCUAUUCAAGACAAUGGAUAUCAAAAACUCACCAUCUAACCUUAACUCUCCUGUCUCCUACAACUGCAGUCAAUCUGUCCUGCCCCUGGAGCCAGGCCCCAUAUAUAUCCCUUCCUCCUAUGUAGAAAGCUGCCAUGAAUAUUCAGCCAUGACAUUUUAUAGCCCUGCUGUGGUGAAUUACAGUAUUUCCAGUAACUCCGAAGUUGGGCCUGGUCGACAGGCCACAAGCCCCAAUGUGUUGUGGCCAACUCCUGGACACCUCUCUCCUUUAGCCAUCCAUUGCCAGCCGUCACUUCUGUAUGCAGAACCUCAAAAGAGUCCUUGGUGUGACACAAGAUCACUAGAACACACCUUACCUGUGAACAGAGAGACAUUGAAAAGGAAGGCUAGUGGGAGCAGUUGUGCCAGCCCUGUUACCAGUCCAAGUUCAAAGAGGGAUGCCCACUUCUGUGCUGUCUGCAGUGAUUAUGCGUCAGGAUAUCACUAUGGAGUCUGGUCAUGUGAAGGAUGUAAGGCCUUUUUUAAAAGAAGCAUUCAAGGACAUAAUGAUUAUAUUUGUCCAGCUACAAACCAGUGUACGAUAGAUAAGAACCGGCGUAAAAGCUGCCAGGCCUGCCGACUUCGAAAGUGCUAUGAAGUCGGAAUGGUGAAGUGUGGCUCCCGGAGAGAACGGUGUGGGUACCGCAUAGUGCGAAAGCAGAGAAAUUCUGAGGGGCAUCUGCACUGCCUGAGCAGAGCCAAGAAGAAUGGUGAUCACACAACCCGAGUGAAGGAGCUGCUCCUGAGCACCCUGAGCCCAGAGCAGCUGGUGCUCACGCUCCUGGAGGCCGAGCCACCCCACGUGCUGGUGAGCCGCCCCAGCACGCCCUUCACCGAGGCCUCCAUGAUGAUGUCCCUGACCAAGCUGGCCGACAAGGAACUGGUACACAUGAUCAGCUGGGCCAAGAAAAUUCCGGGCUUCGUGGAGCUCAGCCUGUACGACCAAGUGCGGCUCCUGGAGAGCUGCUGGUUGGAGGUGCUCAUGGUGGGGCUGAUGUGGCGCUCCAUCGACCACCCCGGCAAGCUCAUCUUUGCUCCAGACCUCGUUCUGGACAGGGAUGAAGGGAAAUGUGUAGAAGGAAUUCUGGAAAUCUUUGACAUGCUCCUGGCAACGACUUCAAGGUUUCGUGAGUUAAAACUCCAACACAAGGAGUAUCUCUGUGUCAAGGCCAUGAUCCUCCUCAACUCCAGUAUGUAUCCUUCAGCUGCAGCCCAAGAGGCUGAGAGCAGCCGGAAGCUGACUCAUCUGCUGAAUGCCGUGACUGAUGCCCUGGUCUGGGUGAUCGCCAGGAGUGGUAUCUCCUCCCAGCAGCAGUCUGUCCGCCUGGCCAACCUCCUCAUGCUCCUUUCUCAUGUCAGACAUGCCAGUAACAAGGGCAUGGAACACUUGCUCAACAUGAAGUGCAAAAAUGUGGUCCCCGUCUACGACCUGCUGCUGGAGAUGCUGAAUGCCCACACUCUUCGUGGCAACAAGUCCUUGGUCACGGGGUCUGAGCGCAGCCGGAUGGAGGAGAGUGAGAGCAAAGAGGGCCCCCAGAAACCCCAGGUUCAGUGACGCCCAGCCUCAGACACUGGGCGUCAGGCUGCAGAGAGGGCCCAGGCUGAAAUGUGAACUCCAGCGUGAAUCGUGAGCCCCAUAAGCAGUGGGUGGACUUCAUAGACUUUCUGCUGUGUGGUCCUCCUGUGGCUGUGGCAGGUUCAGCCAAGACCACCGGGAGUCAGGGUGAGAGUCAGUGAUCCUUGCCACCAGGGCCACGUUUGAGUGCAGAGCUUAUUUCUUGCUUGGCCUCUUGGGGUCUCAUUGUGGUCCCUCUCUUACUUCCCAUCUCCCUUCUACCCUUUGGAAAACAUCUUACAGGUUUUGGAAGGAAAGGUGGAAAUGUGACUCGGAAGGGUUGUCAAGUAGAAGGGGAAAGGAUGUGGCACAUGCACGGGAAGGGACCAGCCUUUAUCAUGUGACUCAGCCUGCCCUUACAAUUGUCCUUUGUAUGCUGCCUCCUGGACCACUUGAUUGUAGGACUGAAAACCACGUCGACGACAAUCAACUAACUGGUUCCACAGACCUACCUCACAGGCCUGAGGAUGGAUGUCCCGUGUUGCUGUGACUUUGUCCAGGGCCAGAGGGAAUGUGACCUAGGGAGCCAGUGGUCAAGCUGAGAUGUGGGCCACAUUCUCCCCCUAGACCCUGGGACCAUGCUGCUGUCUUCAUGAAGGUUCAGCCAUCUUGAUUUGCAUUCAGAGCCUGUGAAUUAUUUGGGGGGGGCGGUGUGUGAUCAAAUUCAUAGAGGAGUGUGGAGAUCCCAAUACCCCUGCCCUGGAACUCUCCUUUCUCCGAAAUCUCCUGUCCCAAGGAGCCCAGCACGUGUGCUGAUGAAAGGACCAACAUUUGUAGGAAUGGGGUUUCUCCUGUGGGUGUGGGUCACAGCCAUGAUGCUUCCCUAGGGCAGCUACAGCUGCCAUAUCAGCCAUCUGGGGGGACAGGGACACUUCAGGCUGUGUGUGUGGAAUGCUCUCCUCUAGAGGAAUGAGCAGUCACACACAUCAGCAUGCCAGGUUCAGGGCCAAGCUGCAUAUGAUGGAUAAGCAACACACCUGACCAAGAAUGUGCACUCUGUUUAAAAAAGAGAAAUAUUUAGGGGUCAUUAUUUAUAGCAAGAAAGAAUGCUUUUAUACCCUAGGGCUCUUUUAAAAUAUUUUCGAAUCAAAACAUUUAUAUGGUGGGCUAGGUGAAAUAAAAACUUUAAUGAAGUAUCAGUUCUUAUUCCAAAUGGAACAUAAAUAGGACAGGAUGACAAAGCACCUCUGAAAUUACAAUUUUAACUCAACUUUUUAAAAACUGAAAUUUUCAUACAAAUCUUCAGGAAUAUAGUGAAUGCAUAAAAUGAAUUGCAUCUGUACUUUGGAGGAGAUCAGUUAAAUAAUCAUGUGAUUUUUGCAACAUUUAAAAAAAUUGCCUUGUGAUAGAUUAAACACAUUUUCUUUUUGAAAACAGUAAAUAAAGAAUAUGCUAGCCACACAGUAAACCUAAGUCUUUAGGAAGAUUAUAUUCAAUAAUAUGAGGUUGGUAUCUGCUAGUGUGAUCUUGAAUAAUUCUUUAUUUUGAUACUGAUGCAGUUUUACUAAACUUGAGCCAAAUUAAAAAAAAAAAAAGUCAAGCAAAGCUGUAUCAGAAACACUUGGCCAUGUACAUGGAGACACAUAAUUGUCUGUAUUCUGAGGUAAUUUGAAAUUAUUCUUAGUGACUCAAUGUUGCAGCCUCAGUGAGAGUCAGUACUAGCAGUUACACUUAAUUUUAUAGGAACCAGGGAACUGGUGUUUUUAAGAAGAUCAAUUUUAUUUCUCUCUGGACAGUUUAGAAUCCCACACAACAAACAAGGUGAUGGAAGCUAGAGAGUGGGUGGUAGGAGGCAGAGAAGGCAGCUGUGAAUUAUUAUUUGCUGAUGAAAUUCUCUUAAUUGUAUUUAUAAGAAAGGCUACCAGGCUCAAAAGAAAAAAAACAAAAAACAAAAAAACCCCAGAAUGGAAACCAUGCCCUCAGCCCAUUAGCCUGUAGUAAAGUUUUUCAGGUUGGAUUUUAAUGCCAUGGUAGGCAUCACACUGGUCUCAGGUGUCCCAGCACCUGUCUGCCAAAUCUCAUGUGCUCCUGCUGCGGGCACACACCUAUGAAAACUCAGUGCCCACUACCGUCUUCCAGACGUCCUGCAUGCUACCCAAGGCUGCUUGUUUCACUGCAUUUGCACUUAGCCAGGAAGGCAGAUGCAACACUUUGGGUCACUUCUCCUUGGCCAUGAUCUCACCUGGGUGUGCCGGGGAUCCAGGUCAGUCCAACCUGACAGGCUGUCUGGGUGCAAGGCUGUCUCUUAGAUGGGGUCUGGGACAGGUCAGCAGUUGAGAUAACAGUCUACAGUUUAAAGGUGUUCUUUUUUAUUUGUACUGUUCUAGGGCCCUGUCCCCCUUUCAGAUGAAGUGUUUUGAAUCUCUGUUCUCAUCUGCUCCCAACAUAUCCUCUGAGGAUGAGACCAGUGGGCAAAGUCAGGCUCCCAUUUUUAUGGAUUUUGAGUAAACCUUCCAUGUCCAUUUUAAAGAUCAGUCAUUUCUCUUUAAUAGUGCUUUCAUUUAAAUUAUUAUCUUUUUUAGAUACCUGCCUAUGUAAAUGGCCCAUGGGCAACUUAAAAUUCUUCCAUAGCUAAGCACAAAUUACAGUGUUUUCAAAUUUUUAGAAGGGAUUAACUAGGGGAAAAAGGACC